AUGCUGGCUCGUGAUGAUCCUCAUAUCGAAAAGCUCAUCUCGCAGAUGACGCUUGAAGAGAAAGCUGGUCAGCUCACAAUUUUGGCUGACACUGUCCGGCCGUGCAAUCCGGACAUCAAUCCAGAAGUCAACCAUCGACAGGCCCACGAGAUGGUGGAGCAAAUUCGCAAGAGCCGCGUGGGCUCUCUUUUUAAUGGUGUGGGCAUCAAGGAGGGCCGAGAGGCGCAGCGCCUCGCGGUCGAAGAGACCCGGCUGGGCAUCCCUCUUAUUUUUGGCAGCGAUGUCAUCCACGGUAUGUGGACCAUCUUCCCAAUACCUCUGGGUGAAGCAGCGAGCUUUGAUCCAGAGAUGGCCGAGAAAACAGCACGGGCGACGGCCUUGGAGACCACCGCCUCGGGGAUUCACUGGACAUUUGCACCGAUGGUUGAUGUCGCAAGGGACCAGAGGUGGGGCCGGGUUGCAGAAGGCUCCGGCGAAGAUGUCUUCCUGGGAAAGCAGCUGGGAGUUGCGCGUGUCAAGGGCUUCCAAGGCAAAGAUCUGCGAGCUGAGGACAGCCUGCUAGCAACACCGAAGCACUUCGCGGCGUACGGCGGGGUGUCAGGAGGAAUGGACUACAAUUUCGUGGAGAUUUCCGAAGCCUCGCUGCGCGACAUACACCUUCCUGCCUUCAAGGCUUGCAUCGAUGCUGGUGCGCUGACCUUGAUGAGUGCCUUUAACGAUGUGGCUGGUGUGCCAGCAUCAGGCAACCGCUGGUUGUGCACACAGGUUCUGCGCAAUGAGUGGGGCUUUAAAGGUUUCAUCGUGUCCGACUACACGGCAGACGAGGAGCUUAUUUGCCAUGGUUUUGCCGCAGAUGGACGCGAUGCUGCGCGACUUGCAUUCAAGGCAGGCGUGGACAUGAGUAUGCAGAGUGGUCUGUACGUGCAGCACAUGGAGGACUUGGUUGCAAAGGGGGAUGUCUCCAUGGAAGAAGUUGAUGAAGGUGUUCGUCGCAUCUUGAAGAUCAAAAAAGCCAUCGGUUUGUUUGACAAUCCGUACAAGUGCCUAGAUCCGAAGCUUGACGAGCGCCUGGAACAGCUGAGAGCCGAUCACGAGCCUUUGGCCAGAGAGGCUGGCCGCAAGUCCAUAGUACUUCUGAAAAACAGUGGCAAAGUCUUGCCUCUCAAGAAAUCUGGUCAGAAGAUUGCAUUGAUCGGGCCUUUUGCAAGCGACACGCAGAAUCUUGAAGGUUGCUGGACAGUGUAUGGUGACAAGAAGAGGGCGGUCCCGGUGGAUGUUGGCAUUCGCAAGGCACUGUCCAAUCCUGAUGACCUAGAGGUUGUGCAAGGCUGUGACUUCGAGGCUGCAAUCGAUGGAGGCAUUGACAAGGCCGUGGCCGCGGCAAAGAAGGCUCAGGUUGUUGUUCUUGCCGUUGGAGAGCCGGAGAACUUCUCCGGCGAAUCGCAAUCCAGAACCCAGAUCAUCAUUCCUCCAGCGCAGCAAGCUCUAGCUGAAGCCGUGUCGGCAACGGGAACGCCUGUUGUCGUGCUGUUGCGGACGGGAAGGGCGCUUGCACUGUAUGGAGCUGUUCGUGAUGCUCAGGCAAUUUUGGUGGCGUGGUUUUUGGGCACUCAAACUGGACCUGCCACUGCAGAUGUCCUAUUCGGUGACUACAACCCUGCAGGUCAUCUUCCGGUCAGUUUCCCUGCAGACUCUGGGCAGCAACCUUUGUUCUACAAUGCGCCACGGACUGGACGUCCGCAAGGCGACGGGCCUCGUACGUUUAAGGCCAGCUGGAGGGAAACGGCGAGUAAAGCUUUGUACCCGUUUGGCCACGGCUUGAGCUACACCGACUUCUCUUUCACCAGACCAAGUCUCAGCAGCGACAAACUGGCUUGGGACCAGACGCUUCAGGUGACCGCGCAGGUCAGCAAUACUGGUCCUGUGGCGGGCGAGAAAGUGGUGCAGCUCUACAUCCAUGACUGUGUCGCCAGUCGUGUUCGUCCAGUGAGAGAGCUGAAAGCCUUUCAGAAGGUGCUUCUGAAACCUGGCGAGACAAAGACACUCACAUUUCAGAUCUCAAGGCAAGACCUGGAAUUCCACGGGUCUGAUGGCAAGCUCCUGGCAGAACCUGGGGAGUUCCAUGUUUGGGUCUCUGGCUGUUCAGUGCAGCCGGUGCAGCAUCUUGCAGCCUUGGCUGUGCAGGUCAUCAAUUCACCAUAUUGGCUAAUAACCACAGAGACUCAGAGUAGCCUCCAAGCAGAUCAAGUGCAGAAUCGCGGCCACGCCUUGAAGGCCAUGAAGAAUCAACUCGCUACCAAUGCGCGUGAUGUUCUGGAUGUUAUGGUGAUGUUGGUCUUGACUGAGGCUUCCGGGCUUCUGCUGGAAGAGAUUUCCGGGUGUCCCGUCGGCUUGCCAGAAUCUGCGAAGGGAGCUCAGAGGAAAGCGAGCUUCUCGCAGAAGGGGACUCCGACUGAAUCAAAGAGCUUCGCCUCGAAUGGGGUGCGCCCACAGAGUGCGGCACGAUCAAAGACAUUCUUGCUCGUGGACAGGCCGAAGCGAGAGCGAAGGGGCCGAGCAGGUGAGUUUCGGCAACGCUUAGAUGUCCUGCUGGCUACCGACUCCAGUGCUCGGGCUGUGGCCAGUCAGCCGGGCCCACAGGUCAAAGAGCUGGUCCGCAAAGCCUGCCUUAAGCGCGGCAUCAGGCCGGACAGUAUAGUUGCAAAGGUCAGCUCGGACGUGGAGACUGCGAGGAAGGCAAAUAAGGCCAAGGGCUUACGAGGCACUGUUCGAUGUGGCUGCGUGUGGAGAGGACAGCGCAAGGAUGAGAUCCCAUACCGAAGGGACAGCUUGUCCUUGUUCGUGAGCAAAGGGAAAGGAGGUAUUGGAAACGCCCUGUCGCCUUUCAAUGUGAAGGUUCCGGCUGAGAUGAUCAAGAGCUGGGUGACGGAUGAUGGCACGGCUGAAGGAAAGCUGCUACCCAUAGAUCAGCCACUGGAGCUCGUUUGGCAGGCAGCUAAAGUCGCCAAAGACGAGACGUGGCCUGCUUAUUUCGCCCGCCGCAAAAGAAUUUACCAGAAAGGAAAGCCUCAGAGGCGAUACCUUGACCGCGAUGCGGCGAUCGCGGGCUCCUGCCUGGGUCUGUCUCGCGAGCUUGUUCAGUAUGUGGCCGCCAGGGCUUUCUAUUGCAACGCCUACGAAAGAGCUCUCUCCAGUGUGGAGCCAUUUCAGCUCCUUGAAGACUUGGUGGCGGAGGGUUUCAAUCUCAUGCUCUUGGGCCCAGAUGGCCACCCGAUGUCUGAAGAAGCUGGUGCCGUUUCCGAGGCGUAUGAAGAUGUAUCGCGGCAGUUCGGACAUGAACGAGUGUUGGUCGCCAUGCUGCGACAAGAGUGCCCGUGGCAGCAGAAACCGUGCUGUUGGCUUGAAUGA